AUGGAGAUUACGCGCAGGGGGCGGCGCGAGGAUGAGGGGGCGUCAGGUGAUGGGGCAGGAUGGUGGGUGGAGCGGGAUGCAGGGGAAGAGGGCGCUGGGAGUGAGGGCAGACAGGGGUCUGAGAGAGAGCAGUGGGGGCAGCAGCAGCAGCAGCAGCAGCAGCAGCAGCAGCAGCAGCAGCAGCAGCAGCAGCAGCAGCAGCAGCAGCAGCAGCAGCAGCAGCAGGAGGAGGAGGAGGAGGAGGAGGAGGAGGACUACGACGACGAGUGGACAGAGGCGGGCGUCGGAGGUCUAGGCAGUGAGGCUGGGGAGGAUGGCGUGCGUCCAGGGACCCUCUGGCCGCUGGACACGCUGGAGGUGGACGGGCAGCCCUGGGAAGCCAGGUUCCCCAGCCGCAUAAAUGCGACAGGCAGCCUGGCGGUGGGCCUGAGCAGCAAGGGGGAGUUGGCAGGCUCGCAGCUCACCGCCUUCCGGCGCGGAACCGGCCGCAACGGCCUCGAUCUCAUCAUUGUGCGCGGCGGCCAGCAGCAGCAGCAGCAGCAGCAGCAGCAGCAGCCACAAGGGCCGGCGUUGCUGCAGCGCUGCGGCGCCGCUGAGCGCAGCGCGACCAACAGCGGGCGCGGGGCGCCGCUAGCGCUGGCUGGGGAGGCCGCCGCCCGCGCCUCCAGGCCGGCAAAGGCUGCUGUGUUGGCCUCGGCCCCGCGCAGGGCAGAGGCUGGCGGCGGCGCUGACGCGUCGUCGCGUGAGGCGGAGCGCCGCCAGGGCCGUGCGCAGGCGGACGCCGAGGUGGUGCCAACUUUCAAGGCUGCAGCGGUGCAGCGCACUCGUGGCAAUGCGGGGACUGCGGCGAGGAUAAUUGCUCUGGAAAUGGGCGAGGUUAUCAUGCCGCCGCGGCCAUCGUUGGGGGCCACCGCUGAUGAGGCCGCAGCGGCCGAGGCCGCGCUGCAGGAAGCCGCCACGUCAGCGUACAAUGAGGCGCUGCGCGCGGCGGAUGCGCUGGGCCUGCCGCCCGAGCGCUUCGACGCGGUGUGCGGCGGCGUGCAAGCGGCGACUAAGGAGCCGGGCGGGUGCCGGCGGUUCCUGGGGAUGGAGUACCCGCGGCUGCGGCGCGCGUGUACAGCGGGGGCGGUGGAGGUCGUGAGGGCCUGGAUGGAGCGGGUGGCGGCGCGCGGCUGCUGA